UUGUUUUGUUCUCCAUUCAACGGUUUGAAGGUUUGUUUCUUUACACCAUUCAAGAACGAAGGUCCGAUUAGGUCUCCAACUGGAAGUCAUGUCUGCGCCUUUGUUGCGCGUGAAUUCGUAAUUGCUGGGAAAGCAGGACGCCAGAUUUACCUCCUUUCGGGUAAAAGAUGAUGACGUUACGGGAAUCGUUGAGAUCUUUGAAGAUUGGACGCGAAGAGGGAAGCGACGCUGUCCGGGAUGACCUCAAGGCAACCCGUGAAGCCGAAGCAGGUAUUCCUGAAGAAGGAACCAAGGAUCUGAAAAGGACUGCUGAAUACUUGGUUCAUCCUUUGAAAGUUAGUGAAGAGGAGAUGCGGCUCUUUCACGAGCUGAUGCAUGACAAGGAUAAGGAAUCUGGUGGAGAUGUGGCCAAGACAACGAUCCCCACUUUCUACAAAAAAUUGCCAGCAGAGGACGAACUUCUCCAGCAGAAGCUGAGGGAGGAAUCUCGGGCGCUUUUUCUUCAGGAGAGAAGUAGGAAACUAUUGGACAAUGAUGACAUCAAAGAUUUAUGGCUUUUGCUGGACAAGCACCAUACUCCUCCAGACACAGGAGAUGAGCAGAUGAUUCAAUAUGGAGAUUACAAAAAAGUUGCAGAGAAAUGUAAUCCCAAAUGCAAGCAAUAUUUCACUGCCAGUCUCUUUGCCAAACUGCAGAAUGGAGAUCCAUAUGGUCGGGUGUCCAUCAUGGCUUUGUUUAAUUACAUCAUGAGGAAAGUCUGGCUUCAUCAGACUCGUAUUGGCCUCUCCCUCUAUGAUGUCACUGGGCAGGGAUACCUCAGGGAGUCAGACUUGGAGAAUUACAUUCUGGAGCUGAUUCCCACCUUGCCUCAACUGGAUGGCUUAGAGAAGUCUUUUCAUUCGUUUUAUGUGUGCACUGCAGUCCGAAAGUUCUUCUUCUUCCUAGAUCCUUUUAGAUCUGGCCGUGUUCGCAUUCAAGAUAUCCUUGCAUGCAGUUUCCUUGAUGAUCUACUGGAACUACGUGAUGAGGAGUUGCCCAAAGAGGCCCAAGAGGCUAAUUGGUUCUCAGCGCCUUCUGCUUUACGUGUCUAUGGCCAGUACUUGAACUUGGAUCGAGACCAUAAUGGGAUGCUGAGUAAGGAAGAACUUCAGCGAUAUGGGACUGGAAUGUUGACGAGUGUGUUCAUCGACCGUGUGUUUCAAGAGUGCCUCACUUAUGACGGGGAAAUGGACUACAAGACGUAUCUGGACUUUGUCCUUGCCCUAGAAAACCGCAAGGAACCCCAGGCCUUGCAGUAUUUCUUUCGUAUCCUUGAUGUAGAAGGAAAGGGAUUCCUCUCUGUUUUCUCACUCAACUAUUUCUUUCGGGCAAGUUCUUGUGCAAUACAGGCACAACUGAAAUCACAUGGACAAGAACCAGUGAACUUUGAAGACAUAAAAGAUGAGUGCUUUGACAUGGUGAAGCCAAAAGAUCCAACCAAGAUAAUGCUCAAGGAUCUCAUCAACUGUGGGAGAGGAGAUACAGUGGUGAGCAUUCUGAUUGAUGUCAAUGGGUUCUGGACCCAUGAAAAUCGAGAACUCAUGGUUGCUGAAACCAUGGAGGAAACUGCAGAAGUUUGAUCUCAUCCACUCUCUGGUCCUCAAGACCCCAAGUGAGAAUAAUUUAUUUUGCAAUAUCAAACAAUACAGCAGUAAGACUGUCAUGAGCAGUCCUUGCAGCAUAUCAAUGUAAAGUCAGAGAUUUCCUUGGGAAAGUGAAGUGGGAGAUCAGGAAGAGAGGAAUUUCUUAUCAGGUGGAGGCAUGGCUUGUGGACUACUUGGCUCCUGCUUCACUUCUACUUUCCCAUCAUCUCCACCUUCAAUGACAAUAGAUAACAGAUCUCAUGAAGAGCUCAGGAACAGCAUCAUAACCUGUGGAAAACUGUGAUGGUAAUCCUGUCUUGCUGUCUCUUGGAUAUGAGGAAGUACACAG